GUGUGUCCAGCAGCUGCUGCAGUGUGGUGCCAGUGUGAACAGUCGGACAGAGGAGGAAGGUGACACAGCCCUGCACAUAGCAGCACGGCACGGCCUAACGGACCACGAUAUGGACCGCUACUACCAGGUCUGCCAGCUGCUGGUGGAGAGGGGUGCCAGCAUCAACGCUGCAGACAGGGACCGGCAGCACCCGCUUCACCUGGCCUGCAAGAAUGCCAAUGCUCAAGUAGUGGAGUUACUGCUGGCCCGGGGUGCAAACGUCAACGUCAUGAACUACAGCGGCAACACGGCGCUGCACAACGUCCUGCAGGCAACUGCCUACAAGCUGGAGCACCACCCAGAGCUUGUGGUGCGAGCCCUGCUCAACUACGGUGCCAUCCGCAUCUGGCCGGGCUCCCUCCUCAAGGUGCUGCGGUACUGCCACACCUGCCCCCGUGCCAUCGAGGCCCUGAUCAACUGCUACGACCGCGUGCGUGUCUCUGAGGACUGGGUGGAAGCGGUUCCGGAGGAGGUUGUACAGAAAUACCCACGUUUCUACCAGUCACUUUUUGCCCUGGAGCAAAGACCUCGUUCCUUGCAGCACCUGGCUCGCUACACGCUCAGGACCUUUCUGGAGGGCCGGUUGCUUCUGGUCCUGCCUCAGCUGCACCUGCCCAGUGCUUUGCACAGUUUCCUGCUGCUUGGCUUUGAGGAUGUUCUCUACUAA